CUAAAUUUUGCUGGUAUUGAGUCGAUCUAUCAAGUAGCCGUAGUUGUUGAUAGAAAGGUCUCACCCGAUGUGCCAUCCUACUAUUUUAUCAGCGGAUGGAUACGUAAUUCUGCCUUUCCAAACGUGUCGCAAAGCAAUUGGUUGUUCAUUCCCGUGCACCUCUCCAAAUCCAUCACCGAAUAGGUAAAAAAUUGACCGCGCCUGCCUCUCCUCCCUUCGGUUUCUCUUCCACAACCACCGUCCCCAAUAAAAGAGAUACUAAAACGCCAUAACCCUCCAAAAUAUUCCGGCGACGCCAAGAAAAUAUAUCAUGACAGAGGACAGUAGCGCUAGGGCUUCCUUGGAAGAGUCUACUGCAAACACCGAUGUUUCACAAUCUAGGCAAAGGAAAAAGAGAAAGUGGGAUCAGCCUGCUGAGCCAUUGGUUUCAGCUGGAGUUGCAGGGGCAUCUGGUGUUUUCCCAUUAGGCAACAUCGGAUCUCUUGCUGGAAUCUCUCUUCCUGGGAUUGCUUCAGUCUCUGGUGCUUUUUUAACUAAUCAAUUUGUGGCUAAUUGUGCACCCAUUCCACCGGUGUAUCAGGUGCCUUCUAUACCACAAACACAAAGCAAUGCUACAGUGGUCCCAAAAUCAGAUCAACCUAAGAUCCAGGAUGAGUUAAUAAUCGCACGAGAAAUUGUAAUAAAUGAUGCUGAGUCUUCUGUUCGUUUCAAGCUUACAAAGCGUCAGACACAGGAAGAGAUUCAGAAGUGUACCAGUGCUGUGGUGAUAACUAGGGGCAAGUAUCGUCCACCAAAUGCACCACCUGAUGGUGAAAAGCCGUUGUAUCUUCACAUAUCUGCUGGGUCUCAUUUAAAAGAUACAGCUGAAAGGAUUUUAGCAGUUGACCGUGCAGCUGCCAUGGUUGAAGAAAUGCUGAAACUGGGUUCAAAUGCACAACCUUCUUUGCCCAUUUUUCCAAUUGCUCCAGGCAGUGGAGCGAAGGCACUGAGCACGUGUGUGUUUUUGGGAUUUGACGCAGACCCAUCACUUAAUAUUGCUGCUCGAAUACGUGGACCAAAUGACCAGUAUAUAAAUCACAUUAUGAAUGAAACAGGAGCAACUGUUAUACUAAAAGGACGUGGCUCGGGAAAUUUUGAAAGCCCAAGUAGUGGAGACAUGCAGCAGCCACUUCAUCUAUUGUUGUCUGCCAAUAAUUCAAAAAGUCUUGAAGAUGCAAAACGAUUAGCUGAUAACCUUCUGGAUACUAUUAGUUUGGAGUGUGGUGCCUCCAGGGUUUCAUCAUGCAAUGUUUAUAGUGCUGUUCCACCACCUCAGCAGUUGUUGGUGGGGAUUAAGAAUUCUGGAGAUGAGCAUAAGGUAAAUACAAGUCCAACUGCUGGUUUGACGCCGUUAGCAAGGAGCUCUGCACCACCUAUUCCAUCUUCUUCAGUAGCAAUCCAUGGAACAACUUCUGUCUUUUCCCAAGGCACUGUAUAUCAACCGGGCGGAAUUGUUAACACUGUUCAGCCUCAGCUGAACUUGAUCAGACAUCCCCAGCCAUUGGUGAAUGGAGGAACGAGCUAUAGUGGAUACGAAGGGAUAUAUCCUCAGGCCACACCUCUGCAACAAGUUGCUCUAGCCCUUAGACAGUCAACAUCUCCAACAACUUCUACAGUCGCACCUGCAACAUCAAUUGCAAGCAAUGUGCCAACUCCUAGUACAAGCUCCAUUCCUGAAAAAGAGAAACGUCCUACACAUAGACGAAAAUUUCAGGAGCUACCAAUAGGUUCAAAGGACCCUGCAAUAUCUCAUCAGGUAUUUUCUCUGACCUUCUAAGAAGCUAACAGGCUGAUGCUGGAUCUAUUAGGGCCAUUGGUUUGUAUGUUUCACAGGGUGCAGUUUUGAAGGCAUUCUGCAAUGGACUUUUGCUGCAAAAGAGCCAUGAUGGACCUAUACGACCUAAAAUAUUCCUUUAGACAUAUAUGCCUGAUACUGAUAUCUCCAUAAGAAGCACCAUAUGCACUGCUGAGUUCCUGUCAGACCAGUUCUGGGAGCCAGCUUUCAAUACCAAUACCACUAUAUGAUUAAGUGGGGGUAGAAUACCAUAUUAUUCAAGAGAGAAUCUUUAACUGAAGUUCUAAAAGUUAAAAGACUUGCUAUCAAUCUGAUUUGCAUUAGUGCACCAAAUAAAUGGGUGUGGGAAAAUAGGGGAAAUUGUUGGCUGAUGGCCCACCGCAUUUUUAUGUUGGUGGUACUGGCCAAAAGCUGAUGCUAGGUGAUGGUUAAAUCUCUUCACCAGCAAGAACACUGGCUUGGCUUGUUGAUUGGAAGUAUCAAUCAAGCAAACUUUAUUAACUUGACAAGUCCUCGAUAUUUGUGUUCAUUGCACUUGCAAACUAACAAAUACAAUUUUUAUAAUGGCGUGAUAAGCACCAUUCCACUACCCUUGCACACAUUUCGAAUUUUAGUGAAAUUUUCAUGUAGAUGCUCAGAGAGACUAACAUUUUGCUUUGUGUUAAAAAGAUAAUUAUGUUUCAAAGAUAAUUAUGUUUCAUCAUCAUUCAUUAUAUAAUUGACAUUGAAAAACUAGGCUUGCAUUUCUCUUCUAACUUGUUGCAGGGUUCACACUUAAAGCCUGGUGGGCAAGUAUUAGCAGAUGAUGUGAGGAAUUUAUCAACUAUGCCUGCUCCGAAGAAAUUAGUCCAGCCAUCAUUGAAUGGAAUGCCACCACCUGCUCCACGAAACGUUCCCCCACCACCUCCACGAGCUACAUCUUCACCACCGUCGUCAAAUGGAAUGCCACCACUACCUUUGAGAACCAUGCCCCCACCACCACCACCUCCAAAAUUUAUCUCUGCAAAUGGACUACAGACGAAGAACA